ACUUAAGAGUGAAUCGCAGGCAUAACGCAAAUCCUGCAGGAACAAAUCUGAACUAUUUUUUGAACGUCUAGAAGAGAACUACGGCAUUCAUCGCAUCUGAUCCUAGUUCUCAACGAUGCAGUCCACGUUAUUCAUCACCUUCUUCAUCAUCGGCUUCUUUGAGAAUGUGAACUCUGUCAGGGUAACUAUUGGCCAAAAUUAUAAUCUAGUGUGGGGAUAACUUUUAAGGGCACGGGUAUCAAGAGGUAAGAUGCGGGACGGUGGUCUCAUACAAUGUGGUAAGGCUUAAGGGACACGUUUGUGAAAGAGAGGAUGUUGGCAUGGAGACUUGAAGACUCUUUGAGUAGGUUCAUCGGUAGGAUAAACUUGGUAUGAAGUGCAGGGAAUAAUGAUGGGCGAAUAAUCAUGAAGGAAGAGGAAUGUUAUUUCGUAUCUGUGCUCUUAGCAGAAAGUGACCAACUUUUGCCUUAUAAAUCAUUUCAAUAAAUUGGAAAAAAUUUACACAAUAAGUAUGUACAAUGUAAUUGAAAUACAUUUCCAUUUAUUUGAAUCCAUAAAAUCAUUCUAUCUUUUCAUUUAUGUAUAUUAUAUAGUCUCAACAUCUAUAAUUUAAAAAAAAAAGGAUAACUUAUGGGAUUUAAAAUAGGGCAUUUGAUCUUUUAUGAUAAAAACUUGACAUAUUUAUUUCUUGCUUAUAAUCCUAAAUCCGUACACAGUAUCUGCGCAGAGAUGCAGAAAACGACCGUGGCCCCGAGGCAGUGUUUGACUUGAUUUUUGAGACGUUAAAAUCUGCAAGCAAAGGUUGGUAGGCUUGUUGGUAGGAUUGCCUGUGUCUUUCUAUGUCAACAUUUAAUUUUGUUUCUUCACUUCAUUUCUAUGUUGUUAAGACUGUGAUCGAUUGUUUGCUGAAUGGACAGAAAAGUUCGACAUUGCAUGGUUUGUCGACAAUGCAUUCGCUAUAUCAUGUCAGCUGUUAGAAUCGCGGCCGUGAAGGAAAAAAAACCAAUUUAGUGUUCUUGGUUACAAUAAAAUCCCAUCGCCGUCGUUGGUCCUAGGAACUUGUAUACAUUUCUUACGCUUUCGCGUAGUGUUGAGAGGAGGUCGCGACGAGUCCGUGCAUUAGUGUCUCGUUUGAUCAAGACAUGCAAGAACUUGCGGAAGCAGCAAGCCAUUCGAACACGUAAUUCAAGUCCAACGUCUCAACGUGACUGCACAGAUUCCAAUAAACAAAAAAUUGUAACCGACUCAGUUAACCAACAUGUUUUUUUGUUUGUGUAGCAAUCACUACAAUCUGUAUUUAUGAAUAAAUGAACUAAAAGAUGAACACAUAUUUAUUACAGGUAUAACUUAGAAUUUUCAACAAAAAAAUAGAAUUCAAUCUAUAACACAUCCAUAAAAAUGAUUAACUGCAUCAACCAAUAUAAGUCUAAUCCUAAACGAUUAAUGUAACCGCUGGUCAUCAUUAGCCAGUACAAGAAAUUAUAAAAGAUGAACAAUAACUGAUGUGACGUUUUCAAAAUAUUUGUAGCACAUAAACAGGAUCCAACUAUUGGACUUAAAAAAAAAAGACAUUCAUCGGGAAUUUAAAAAAAAAAAAUUAAAAUUCCAUCGGCAAUUCGCCUUAUCGGCGUAUAAAAUAAGAUUUUAAAUUUUGGUAGAAAAAAUUAUAAGAAUGGCGCAUAACUUCUUUUAAAUCGGCGUAUAAAAUAAGAUUUUAAAUUUUGGUAGAAAAAAUUAUAAGAAUGGCGCAUAACUUCUUUUAAAUAAGUUCGCAUUUACAACCAUUCUAAUGCGUGCUAAAGAAUUUCACAGUUUUUAUCCUUAAGUAUUGUUAUUUUUCUCUUGCAAAUCUUAAAUUGAAUCUUCCCACUAAUCUCGAUCCCAAAAUGAUCAUAAGUCCGUGUGUUCAUGUGUUAAAAAACAGGUAAUGUAUUUUGUGUCUCCUUUUCCAAUUGAUGAGGACGAUAGUGUUGAGGAUUGCUGUAAUAACAAACCCUAAUAUUAUCACUGUUAAAAAUGUUUACAAUCUUACAUUAUAAAUUAAGUUAAACGUCUCUGUUGUAAAAAAAGGAUGUUUCUUUCAAAUGAUACACUUGAGGACUGUAAGAAUCAAAAUUACUAUUAAACUUUUGUGUCCUCUAUCGUCUAGGUACCACAAGCUCUGAGCUGGCCUCGGCAGCUAGGACCGUAAUAAAGGACAGUGAUGCGCUGUCUGGUGAUGGUACGUAAAUCAAUUUAACAUCCACUGUAGGAGUACGCAAUCCCCUUGGAAAACCACCAAUUCGUGGUUUUAAAACUGUGCUUAUAUGCGGUGUGGUGACCUUUUGUUGUAUUUGGGGUGAGAUCUGUUGUUGUUUUUUGUUGUUACUGUUGAAACAAUAUGGUAUAAAAAAAACUUAGAAUAUACACAUGAACAGAUAUGACAACGUUUUGAUGGCUUACAACGAACACUAAACCAAUACACGAUAAAUAAAAAUUAGGAUGAACAAACCAAUGCAUAGCUCCAGGCACUAUUACGUUGGACAUUAAACACCCAUCCCAACGGAUAAAAGUAAACCAAAGAAACAAAACAGUAUCAUAACAUUAACAUUCUUUUAAUAUAAAUGACUUCCCUUUGUCACCUUGUGAGAAUCACCGAUACUAGUAAAACAACUACAAUAUAAGCAUAUAUAUAAGGUGUCUCCACGUCUUAUCGGUUGUGAACAGCAUACUGAGCCGUCAGUAGUCUAACAGUCAUUUAUAAACUCAAAAUUUGAAUGAAGAUUAACCCGUGACUUCACCAUGUUCAAAAAAAAUAUUCUUUUUUUUUAAAUAAAACAACACAACACUAUAUAUAUUUUUCGUAAGCAAAUAACAUUCACUAACGAGAGUAAUAGUAUAUCGCUUUGUAGUCCGGGUGGACUGGGAUGGGCACAGCUAGAGGAAUAAAAUCAUGUAAACCCAAUAACACUUAUGAACACUUUCACUCUGUUCGAUUGCCAUCAUAGUCGGCGAGGAUGGUAAAAACUGAUUUUAUAGAAGUAUUGUUGCAAGUUUAGAAACAGGCACUGAGAAGUAUGUUUGUUUUGCCCCCUAAAUUUUUUCAUUGUCUGCUUUUACAUUCCGUGAGAAAAAUGGUUAAAAUACUAGAUACCAGAACAAGGUAUGUGGUAGUUGACGCUUGAAAUAGACAGACAGGACAAUACAAGAAGAAAUUUUGUCCACCAGACAUUUUCAGCAUACAAGACAGAUAUAGAAAUAACGAGAAAUAGAAAGUAGUUUUAAAAAAAAGGUUCAAUGUUCGCCAGUAAUGUUCUUACGGUAAGUUGGGUUUUCCCAAAUCGAAGGUUACUGGAAGUAAAAGAACUUACGUAUCCUUACUGUGAAAAUUAAGAUUUUAACGCACAAAAAUAUUCUGGGUACCAGCCUAGUCAAAUAAAGACACGCUAGCUAUUCCAUCUUUAUUUUUGAGCACCGUGUCAUUUUAUUUAUAUUUGAAAUUUCAAGGAAUGGUAAAAUUAACAUUUAUUCAUGCACUGAGGCUAACCCCAUCUAGGGGCUAGGUCUAAAAGGGCGAAAUCCAUCAUACAACCACACGCAUUAUAAGUAACGCCGUAAAAAUUCACCCGGGUUGCUACUUCUUUGCACUUUCUUAGAUACGCAGCCGUAUAAUUUUCUCUUUUGUAGGACGUAGGAUAGCAGCGUCUUCUUAAAUUUAAAAAAAAAGUUUUACUUGUGGGUGGAUACUAGUAAUAAUGAUCCGUCAAUUUCAACGGGCUCAACAUUUUUCUCAUGGGAAAAAAAUUGUAAUUGACAAUAUUUCAUAAAUGUGUGCCUAGCUUUUACAUUUUUAUGUACACAUAUCUAUACAUAUAUUUAUUUCUUAUAUUUAUACAUAUAUUUAUAUCUUAUAUCUAUAUCUAUAUAUUUAUAUCUUAUAUCUAUACAUAUAUUUAUAUCGGAGGACGCAAUCUAACUAUUGUUGGAGAGACUUUACCAUUACCUAGACAGUCCUAAAACAUAUGCCUAAGUGCUAUUCUUAGACUUCUCAUCAGCAUUUAACACUAUCCAACCACACCUUAUGAUAAAGAAACUUUCCUCGUCAGGUGUCAAUUUAAAUAUUCAGGCUUGGAUACUGAACUUUUUUAACAAAUCGACCAUAAUAUGUCAAAGUAAAUAACCAAGUAUCUCUAACCAGAGAAAUAAGCACAGGGGCACCACAAGGCUGCGUUCUCUCCCCUGUACUGUAUACAAUAUAUACAAAUGCUAUUCAAAGCUCAAGCAACACGGUUCCAAUCUUAAAUUUGCUGAUGAUACCACCAUUUUUGGCUUUAUAUCUGAAGGAGAAGGCCUAUACCGUAACUUAGUAACAAGCUUUAUCAAUUGGUGCGAUGAAAAUUUUCUCCAGUUAAAUGUCUCAAAAUUGAAAGAAAUGAUUGUUGAUUUCAGGAGGGGGAAACACCUGAUUACAGAUCUCAACAUAAAAAAUCAAACAGUGGAGAAAGUGGAGGCGUACAAUUACUUAGGUGUCACCAUUAAUAAUAAGCUAACAUGGCAUGAGCACGGCCAAAUCCUGUAUAAGAAAUUCAACCAAAGAGUGUUCUACCUCAAAAAAAUGUACAAUUUCGGCGUAAACAAGCAAGUCGUUAACUUAUUCUAAAGUGCAACAAUUGGAAGCCUGCUUAAUUUCAGUAUUACCUGCUGGUGAGGGAAUUCAUCGUCUGAUAUUAAACACCCCAUAAACCGACUAAUCAAGAAAGCUAGAAACAUAACACAAACUAAACAUCCUUCACUUGAAGAACUAUUUGAAGAAAGAUGUUAUUGUAAAAUUAAACACAUUUUGGAUGAUACAUCCCACCCUCUUCAUCUUAGAUACUUAGGAUCGGGCCGUUCGGCACGAAUUCUUUCCAUCAGGGCGAGGACUGACCGAUAUAAAAAUUCUUUUGUUCCCCAAUCUGUACGAAUUUACCGGCGUGCUUCCUCUGAAGUCACACAUCUGAAUGAGAUCUAAUAAGUCCCUGAUUUUGCUAAGAGAACUCACUGAAUGGCUGUUUGAAAUAAUUUAUUAUAAUUGUCUUGUGUUCAAAUUGUUUUAUUUUUGUGCUGAAAAUGUAUAAUGCAAUCAAAAAACAUUUCCAUUUAUUUGGAUCAAUAAAAUAAUCUUAACUUAUCUUAUCUUAUCUUACACAUAUAUUUAUAUCUUAUACCUAUACAUUUAUUUAUAUCUUAUCUCUAUACAUGUAGUUAUCUAGCUAACUGAAGACAGUGUUUCGUUUCUUGUCCACAGCUUCGGCUCAGGAUGUCGACAACAUUAUUCAAGAAGUUGCAGAGUCGAUCAAUUCCUCCACCGUCAUCACGUCACUUUUUGACGGUUAGUAAAACAACAAAAACACCGCUCUUAUUUCAUUUCCAGAUGUUCUCCUUGAUGUCUUCAUCCUAGUUUCCAUAUUAGAAAUUUUAAACUAUAGGAAUUUGUGUGGGGAACUUGAAAGACGACGAAAUUGAAAAAAGAACAAAUCGGCUACAAAAACUUUUUCUGUGAAAAUAAAAAGGGGGAAAAAUAAAGAAUUAGGUGUGCGAGGUUUCGAGUUUCGACUUUUUUCCGUCUACCCCCCUACCCCCAGUGAUUUAAAUUUCAUUUUUGCUUAAAACAAGAUUAGAGCCUUCACCAUAGUAUACUUUCUUAAAUGAUUUCAUUCUAAAUGUAUUUUAUAAAAUAAAAAUAGUGUUCUUUGGUUUGAGCAGAUGAUUUAAACUUCGAUGCUAAGGUCAUCAAUGACGCCCUGGCUCUAUGGAAGGGUCUAGCACUGAGAGGACUUGAACUGUCUAGUGAGUCAAUUGUGCUUUUAUUGUAUACACGCUGAUGAUAUAUACACCCGAUAGACUCCCCCUUUCCCUCCCCCCAUCAUGCUAAAACAAUAUUUAAAAAUAAUUUUCACCCAGAAACCAAACAACCGGGAAGUGCAGACCUUGUCACUUAGCAAGGUACACGGUUAUAGUCAGACAGACUGUGUCACUUAGCCAGACAGACUGUGUCACUUAGCCAGACAGACUGUGUCACUUAGACAGACAGACUGUGUCACUUAGCCAGGCAGACUGUGUCACUUAGCCAGGCAGACUGUGUCACUUAGCCAGGCAGACUGUGUCACUUAGCCAGGCAGACUGUGUCACUUAGCCAGGCAGACUGUGUCACUUAGCAAGGAAGACCGUGGCCCUUAGCAAGGCGCACCAUGUCACUUAGCAAAGCACCGGUGUAAGUUAUGAAGUCACUAGAACUAGACAAAUUGAAAGAAAGUAUAUCAAACUGUAUCUCAGCUGUCCUUAUCUCUAAUCCCCAGGCUAGGAGCGUAUUCAAAAGCUACACAUAAACUACGCAAUUCCAGAAACAAACAAAAAUCUUCAAAAUUUACAAAUGGAAAAAAAAAAUUCCAAAGAGUCCAUAAUUCUACAUCUUCCUAUUCGAUUUGUUUUGGUCAUAUCAUUUCAACUAAUAUUGAUUUCAUGCAUUUAUUUUUUGUUUACCUUUAUGGCACAAAUGACUUUUAUAUUACUACUCUUUUCAACAGAGUCCAGCAAACCUACAGGACAUGUCAUGGCAGCUAUUAGCAAGACAGCGAAAGUUAUUGAAGCCGUUUUACGAGACAUAGGUAUGUCUCCAAACACUUUUGUACUUUAUAAAAGAAAUGGCCAUCGAUUGCGUGCUAUGGAUUAAUAUAGCAAAUAAUGAAUCGAAGCUAAAAGAUAAACAAGAUACUUGAAUGUAUUGAUGUUCAUGUUGGUCACAGUUUGGCCCCAUAAGGAAGUUCUGUCAAGUAAAACAAACACAUAUCCAUGGCAGUGUGUGGAGUUAAUGUGUAUCGUUUAGUGAUGCCCACAAUUUAUGAAGAACAGACGCAGUUUGAUAAUGCGUUUUUCUUUAAUGUUUUUCUUUAAUUUCCCCACUAUCUUGGCGUGACUCUUAAACGUGUUCUACUAAUUCAAACCAAUGAAACAAAAUACUUUAUAUUAAUACAAGUUAUGUAGAGCAUAAUCUUUAUAGGCGCAUUCCAUUGAAAUUUCAAUUUUUGGUUUAAGAUGAGAUCGUGAACUACGAGGAGUCCCAAAAUCCAAAUAAAGGAACCACUGGAGAACUUAACAAAGACGCUCUUCUCAUUUCUGGAGACGGCAAUGAAAAUGCGACCAGUCAGGUGAGGUGAAAAAUGCGAAGGUGUAACCAUGCACCUAUUCACUUUAACAAAACUGUAAAAGAAACUAUAUAAAGUCUACAUUUUCAAGCAUGAAAAAAUUGAGAUAUAAUGAUAAAGUACAAUUGAUUGAGAGUCACAUUCAGAGCAAAUUUAGUUUAUAAUAUUAAAUGUAAAUAUCUUUAAAAAAACGUUUUACAGUUCUCAAAAAAUGAUAAUUAAUGAUCAUUUUUUUUUCUUUCCAAUAAAAAAAUUCGAUUGGAUGUCUUCAUGGUAACAUAGUUUUAGUAGUACUUUGAAGUAGUGCUUAAAAUUAUCAUAAGACAUUCUAAGAAUUUGUUCUGAUUUUAUUAUUAUUAUCGCUUUGCAUUUUUCCUUUUUUCUCCUCUAAAAGUAAAUUAUAAAACAUAAACAUGAUUUUUUUUCUUUCAGGACACUUCAAACAAGAUUGAGAAGAGAGGUGAGCAAAAUAAAUAUUUUUUCUUGUAAUUUGGGGGAGGGGGGGUCAUCUUAAUUAUUUCAAUUCAUUACCACUGCGCUGUAUUUUAAUUUUAAUCAUGUACAAAAAUAAAAUAUCACUUGACGUGGUUAUUAUUAACUUUUGUUUGUUACCACAGGGAUUUGCAUUUCUUGGAGGUGGAAAGGGUGGAGACGGAUUUGUAUAAGAUGGGGCUAGACCUGGCAAAUUGCGCCCAUUGUUUUAAUAUUGACUGUUCAAGUCGAUUAAUUUAAUGAAAAAAAUUAAACUUUGAUUUUUUUGUUGAAUUUUUUUUGUUUUUCUUUUUAUGGUAAUAAAUAUUCUAGAGAUUACCUACUGCAAAGAACA